AUGAGAGCCGCCUUGUCGGAGCUCGUGAAGCCAGGCGGCAAGGCCAGCAGCCUGGAGAAAUGCUGGUGCCGGUGCUAUUUUUCGAUGAUGCUGAUCCUGGUCGUCUCCGCUGUUCUAUUCAUCGUGAUGGGUUCAAUGAAAGACUUGACUACAACCGGAGAAGUUUCUGAUUGGGCGCUGGAGUGGACCUUUGACUCCAGGGGCAAGGGCCUUCUGGCGAUUGCAAUCGGAUGCGCCAUCAGUGUUUGUACAAUUCUGCUGUCUUGCUCUCCCUUGUGCUUCGCGCAGUGUGAGAACCCGGAGUUGACACAUGCAUGGGGACAGGAAUGCUCGAGGUGCGCGAAGUGUGUCAAAGCGAAGUGUUGCUGCUGUUGCGUCAUCUGCUGCAACUGCUUCGACUACUACUGCUGCCGACGAAGGAUGCAGCGCAUGCAGCAACCCCGCGCAGAGGAAGCGGAGUAUGUUCCGCGUGUAGACUUGUAUGAGCAGCCGCAGAUCCCGGAGAUGGUGCAAAUGGGCCCCGGAGCUGCGCUCUGA